AUGAGCGGGCUCAUAGCCAUGGUCAGCGUGCUAGUGGUCGUUGCGAUCGAGAUGUUCUUUGCAAUGAAGGGUGCGGGACACAGCCACAGCGUGGAUUUGGAGCACUUGCGAAGUGACGGCGCGGGACAAGGCGGUAGGGAGAGGCAACGAGCGAGCAUGGACGGACGGGCAUCAGGAAGCUUCAAGCGGUUCAGGCAGGGUCCAAUUGGAGGACAAGGCGAGGGAGAAGAUGACGUGCUCAUGCAGCCGCAACGGAGCCCAUACUCGGACAACCCCGGGUCGCUGGACAAGCCUCUUCCACCACCGCCUGAAUCUGAAGGCAACGAAUCCGAGUCUUCUGAUCUCGACCUCGACGAACUCGAGGAGGAUGACGAGGCCGACUCAGCUCAGCUACUCAGCAACACUUCACGAGCUGAACGAAAGUCAACACCGAUCUCGAACGGUCACACUUCCUCUCGUCCUGGCCUACCUUCUCGCGGUGUCUCCUUUGCCGAACCUCUCACAUCGGCGAUUCCACCUUCACCCACCUCGGCCAAAGAAGCCAAUGAGCAGCGUCUGAUCCUGCAAUGCCUCCUUCUGGAAGCUGGCAUCCUCUUCCACAGCGUCUUUAUUGGCAUGGCACUGUCCGUUUCCACUGGACCGCCAUUUCUGGUACUUCUGGUAGCGAUUUCGUUCCAUCAGACCUUUGAAGGACUAGCACUAGGAAGCCGUAUCGCCGCAAUCCCUUCUUUUAGCACCACGAGUCUGAAACCAUGGGCUAUGAGCGUGAUGUAUGGAAUCACCACACCCAUCGGACAGGCGAUCGGACUUGCAGUGCAUACGCUCUAUGAUCCAGCGAGUCAGUUCGGGUUGCUCAUGGUCGGAUGUGUGAAUGCAGUCAGUUCAGGCUUGCUGCUGUACGCUGGGCUAGUGCAACUCUUAGCGGAGGACUUUCUAUCCGAUCAGUCAUAUCACGACUUGCAAGGACGGAGGAGGCUGGAGGCGUGUGGCGCUGUGGUUGCAGGGAGCAUGCUCAUGGCACUUGUUGGCGCUUGGGCGUAG